AAGACCUCCCUGAUAUCCGUGCUAUAAUAAGGUCAGUCGACGGACUGCUGGAGAGAGACAUCGGCCGUGAUCAGGCGCUGAAAAUAGCCAAACCAGCGACAGUUAACCCGCGUCAUCGUGCAGAUCAAGUGCAACCCGCCGCACAACUUCCAGGUUGCAACGAUGACUGCACCUGCUUCCGGACGCCAAGCCUGGCGCCAGCUAAUACGCAGCACUUCUUCGAACCUGCUACAGCGACAACCACUGCAGCCCCGAUUCGCACUCGGCCGCCCGAUCUCUUCUACGACACGAUCUUUGCCCCGUCGCAUCGUCACACGGUCUCCGUCCGCCUUCCUCCGCCAGCAGCCCGUCGCGCAACGCUCGUACAGCUCUCAGGGCCAGCCCCCUCCACCGAGGGGUAGCAAUAACCAGGUCAAAUUCUGGCCCUUUUUGAUUGUCAUCGCGCUGGGCUCUGGAGGUUACAUAUUGCUGGUUAACCAACGGAAAGGUAAGUUACCGUAGCCUAGAGGGUUCGGGGCAGGAAGAAGGCGGAGUCGCAGAAAAGGAAGAGUCUGCCGGCCCCACGCCGUUACACCACCGGCUACACAAGGCAGCGCAACAUAUACCAGCCUUUCCAGCCUGCUCUCCUUUUCUCUGUCCUCUAGUCUAUCACACACCCGACGA